UUGGAAACCCCGCACUAAGGGAAAGUACUACAAAAUUGCAAAUUUUUAGUGUUGACCUUCACAUAUUCCUGGCUAUAUUUUCGACGAACAAACAUGUCUUCUAGAUUGUCAUUAAUUGCGUUGCGACCAUCAAUUUUCAGGAUUAUCGGGUACCAUUUGAAUACUUGACAAUAUAUUAUAUUAAUUUAAAAAUAGAGUCACAAGAAUAUUCGAUUGAUGUGACGCUGUUUGGUAAAAUCCGGCGACAUGAUACGCCACACAGCUCCAAUCAUACUCUGAGCAUGACAUGGCAUCAUUGAAUCUAUGAUUGAAUUAAUACUAUGAUACACAUGGACGUGAAUCUAUUAUUGAUACUGGCAUUAGCCUGCUACUACACUUCGUAACAUAGAUUAUGUUACAAAAAUAAUUAAGAAACGCAAUUUCGAUCAUGCUGAAUAGACUGUUUUAAAGGCGUUCACUGUCGCUAUUAAUAGAUUAAUAAUUAAUUUUAAUAAGUAAUUACUAAUUAAAAUUAGUAGGCUUAGUUAGGCCCAACACUUUUUUAAAUUGUAAGAGUAAGAUCACUUCUUCACUAAUUGAUGCCGAUGGUAAGCUGGUCUUUAGCCCUAGACCAAUUUAGUUUGAGUUUUAACAUGCCUAUUUCGCCUUCAACCUUUUUGGUUUAUAAGUUAGGGCAGACCUGCACAACAUACGGCCCGCCGCAUGCACAACAUACGGCCCGCCGCAUGCACAACAUACGGCCCGCCGCAUGCGGCCUGCGAAGUAACGAAAUAUUCUUUAUUCUUAUUAUUUUCUUAAUGUCCCACACAAGUCCUGUCCUAUUUUAUUUUGGCCGGCACAAGUUUUUCAUGAAGUAUUAUGGCCCGCCUUACAUUUUGAGUUGUGCAGGCCUGAUUUAGGCCCUGCCCCAACUAUUUGUUGAAUUUGAAUGUUUUUUUUACAAUUUACCUAGUCAGCUUUUUAUUAGGCCCAUGUCAGUGAGUCAUGUACCAUUCUAUAAUUGUAGGCUGUGACUGUAGGCUGUAGGCAUAGGUCUGCUUCUGUUUAGAUUUUCCACUUCAAAGACUUUAAAUAUGCAGAGGCAUAGAGUAAUGUCCUACACAGUCACACACAGAGCAGGCAAUCUAACUAGUGUACCUUACUCCCUAGUACAUUUGGUCAUUGCUUGAGAUGACUUGAAAUCUAAAAGAAGCAAUUUUUGCUACCAUUUGCACUAGCUACAGAAGUUCAUACAUAGUACUAUAAGUACAUAACCUACUGUAUAAGCACCUUUAUUAAUUUGGGAUAUCCAAAGCUGCACCCAAAAAUUGUAUGCAGUAUACAUUUAAUUCUAAGAUAACAAUUACAUAAUUUCUGUUAUUUUUUUGCAGAGCCCGUGCAAUGACUUCUGGUCAACUUGGAGAUGGUGUUGGAAAGGUGGGAUUGCAUCAGUUUUUGCUGAUUAUAAUCAGUGGUAUGGUCAGAGUUAAUGCCACUUGGGGCGGGCCAAGCUUUUUGCCAUGUAACUUUCAAGAAUAAAAACACCUGAAGUUGGGCAAAAAUUUCCCUCCUCAAUGUAAAGAAAAACGGUGCUGCCCUGGGCGGACCACCCCCUUCGCCUUCCUAUGCCACUGAAUAUAGUUAUUCUUUCUUCACAAAUUUCGAAUCAACUUUAAAAAAAUGAAUUUACAUGCUUUUUAAAAAGAAACUUUAUAGAUUUAUUUUUCAAGUCCAAGUUAGCUUUAAAAGAAGUCAUUUAAAAAAAACUUUUUUUGUGUGUGUUAAAAUGUAAGUUGUCAGUCAGUAGAGCAGUGCUCUCCAUGUUGGUGACACCCUAUACGGGUGUGUGUGUGUGUUAAACUAACCCUAAAGUGUAAUAAGUUAAUAACAAUGUCAAAUGGUCCACAAUUAGGGAGUACUUAGAGGUUUGGGAAUACUUUUUCAAAUUUCUUCUUUCACUUUCCAUUUCCAAAUCACUAUCUUUUUUUUCAGGUCACAAAGCACACAUUACUGCUCACUGCCAUUAAUUUCACCUUUUCCUAGCAUGCUGAUGUUUAUUUUAUUUGAAUAUUCAAAUACGUUUGCAAGUUAAAAAAAUGCUAAUUUUAUUUUUUGUAUUGGAUCACAAAAUUUAAUUUGCUUAUUUACCUAAACAAUCUAAGCAUCACUGACCUCAAAUUCAUAGCCUAUUAACAAGCAGUGAGCACCCAACCUCAUGAGAGCCAACAAAUUUCUGUUAGUGGUAUCAGCUUUUUAAAUUUUGACCCUAUUUCUUUACAAAUACUUGCAAAUAGUCUUCUUUGAAGAGAUCUCCUUUUCUUACUUUUAAUGUAUGGUAAAUUACAAUUUGCACCACUGUAUCAAUAACCUUUCCUUAUUCAUUUCCUUUUUUUUUUAAAAAUUCUAAAAACAUGUUAUAUGUUGCUAUGGCUUAUUUUUGCAUGACACUCUUACACCUGCAGGCAACACACUACUGUGUCACAACACACAAAUUGGAGCCCUGCAAUAUAGUAACAUGAUUAUGAAUAAUAUAUGAAAUUAAAAGUAAACAGAAAAACUUACUGUUUUUAAACUGUUGAUUUUCAAAAUUUUAAAGAUUUCAGACCUAUAUUUUAAACUCGAUAUCUGUCCUUUUCAUAUUUUGCCAUGCCAUUUCAUUUUAGUCACAGUCACAGGAAUAAGAGAAUUUUAAAAUUAAAAGUUCAUUAAUUGUUUAGAAAUGACAAAGCACUACUUCUAAACAAGAUAAUAAUCACAGUUUGUUUAUCACAUCAAUUUAUUAUGGUCCGAAAGUUGAGUAUUGAAAAACCCAUAAUCAUAUCAUAACUACUGUACCAUACAUGCACUCCAGUAUGGACAGAUGACUACCCUAAUGGGAUUUGAUAACAAGUCGUUAGGGGAAGCCAUCAGAAAUGUAAUUAAAAAUUUGGCAAAUUCAUCUAUUUUUGUAAAUGACUCAGUGUAAAUUGGCCAACCAUAAAUGAUUUCAAACUAUUUUUGGAUCCCUCCCCCAUUGUCAAAAAUUUGACACGUAAUAGAUAUAAAAAAUUCUUUACCCCCUUCCCCCCAAGAUGCGUGAUGCCAUUUAUGGAUAGCUUCAGAGGUGAGAAUGAGGUUACCAGUAAAUAUCUGAAUGUUUAUUUUAAUUAUAAGAAAUACAUUUUUUUUUCAUACUUCAGAAUUUCUAUUAUUUAUUUUUUUCUAUUAUUUUUAGUACAGUAAACAGAAUGAUAGAAUUAAUUCAUUAUAUUGUAUUGUCCUAAAAAAAUUAUGACAAAUCCCAUUAUCUUUCGAAAUCCCCACUAGCUACUUAUAUAACCUAAGGUAAAAAAAUAUGUUUUUAAACCUACAUUAAUUAAAAUAAAGUAUAUUAUUACCAACUUGUAACUAUUAUUAACAAGAGUGUAACAAUUUUUUUGCAGGGUGGUGGUAGUGGAGGAGCUGUGAGGUAGGUUUCCUAAGCUAAAAUAAUUUAUUGAAAGUUAUUGAAAGGUAAUAAAAAAAAGUUGGUGAAAGCAAUGCUUUAUAUCAUACUAUUACGGUACUAAUAGUACAAUAAUACAUCUUAGCUGUGAUUACGUUUAUUUCAGAUUUCUUUGGGGGGGGGGGGGUGGUUUGGUUUGGGGGCUUGUGGUCUCAGCUUACAAAAAGUUCGGUAGAACAUGGUUAUGUCGACGGCUAGGGGUUUGCCAAAAAGCGUUGAGAUAAUCGAUGAUCGACAUAAACAAAAAAUUAAUAUGUUGGCAAUUUAUUAACGUGUUUGAAAUUUCUUUAUGUACAUGAUAUGCGUUAAUAAAUGUAGGUACUUCAGUAAAAAAAAGUAAUAAAUUUGCUUAAAAAUAACAGUUAUUUAGAGCAAUUUUCAAAUUAAAAAAAUGAAACCAGAUUAACUAUUUAGCUUUAGUACUUUUUGAGCUACGAAUUUUUAAAAUACGAGUUCGUUUGGUAUUUACUACUAUGAAUGAAGCCUCCACAUUUUGUGACCUCAUUCUGCUGAUCGCUUCAUGUGCAAUGACUAUAUAGUUUAUAUAAGUAUAAGGCAACGCAUCCCCUUAUUAGUAAAAUAAUAUUUAGGGAUUACUUAUUUUUAACUUUCAACUUUGGCACAUGGCUAUUUAAUUAAAGCUUUCCCUGACCAAUGAUUUAAUAGUUUUUGCACACAGCAAACUGUUAUGAAUGGAACGCUGAAGUAAUACCAUGGCAUAGCCAUUAUGCAAGUAACCGUGAAUGGCUGCCCAUAACAACGUUUUGCACUCUGCAAAUUAUGAUAAUUUAUAAUAUGGACUCUACCAGGUUUUUAAAGCUGAAAUUAAUUUAAAUUACUUCGAAAUUCAUUCUAAAACAUAAGUCCUUUAUUUUGAGAAAUAAAUAAUUAUUUUUAAUUAUGCAAAACUUGUUUAUUUGUUGUUUGCUAUUUCUUCUUGCGGAGUUUAGAAGCCGCCGAUUAGUCAUGGGGAUCGAGAUAACCGAGGUUAAGUGGCAAAUUUGGCCCCAUUUUGUGCUUGAGAUAUUAGGGUUCAGCAACAUAAAAGAAACGACAUAACUGUCACAAAUGACUGGGGCGGGGGUACAGGACAGAGCUCCAUUGUUGUUUAGGUAACUUAUAGGAUGGAAGGAAACUGCUGUUAAUGGGGUUAAGUUAAGGUUAAUAGACUCUCACAUCUUGAUAUAGUGGGGGAUUGUUUCUUUGGAUAAUAGUAUGUUCGGGUUUUCCAGACUUCGCAUGAUAAUUUCUGGGUUAACAAUGGGAAGGUCUAAUUGAGGGCAUGGGUGUGUUUAUAGAUAGCAUUCCUGGACCACCUAUGGGGGGUAGAGAACCACAUAUAAGAGGGAGCUUUCACUGAGUUAAAGAAGUUGAGGGAGAGUGAACACAGGUACGAGAAGUUGAGGAAGAGGGAACAGAGGUACGACGUAGUUGAGGAAGAGAGAGAAAAGAGCUACGAUAGAAUCAAGCAGUUGUUAGGGAAUAGUUGCUAGUGAUCAGGAGACGACAGAUGACUAGAUAGAAGAACUUAUAUCUUACAAAUAAACACACUUUCAUUAUCGUUGGACACCAGGAGUUUGAGUUGUUGCAUUUCGUCCAAGUCUACGUUGUGCUUUUGUCUGUCUCAACGCCUAGACACCCACAAUAUAAAUCACAGAGAGGAGCGGUCCUGUACUGACCACUACUAAGUCAACAUAGUUUGUGUUAAGUCAGGACCGGAGCCCUCCUCCGUAACCACUGUUCUGUGACAAUAACCGAGGAGAAAAUGUUAAGACAAAGAGAGAAUUUGGCGGUUCCACGUCAAAAACAUCGCCUUAACAGGGUUGGCGAGUUAACCCAGGUUGAGAUUAGCUGUUUCAACUGUAAUUUCUAGAAAAUAAGGAAAGAGUAGCAGACCUCAGUAACUAACGUUUUUGUGGUUCAUAAAAUGUUUAAUAAGACAUCUAAAAAUAAGUCCUUAUGAGUUUUUAAAAAUUACAGGUAAUACAAGACUGGUCUUAUUUUUGAUGAAACACUUUUUACGCACUGCUAUCCCUAGGGAGAAAUUAAUCUCCUAUUUAAAUUUACAUGUAUGGCUCAUUCCAAAACAGUGCAUAACAAGACGAUACCAAAUGGUAAAAACAAUAACAGAGAAUACAACACUCAAAACAGUGCUAACUGCAAUUAAUAAGUUUUAUUAAGUUACUAACAAAUUACAAAAUAAAAGAAACAUAAUUAAAAUUAUUAACUUACAGAGUAUUGUGUUUCAUGUACCGGUACAAAAGUGGAUGAAAAUUUUAAUUUGCCAAAGGUACAACGAUGAAAGGAAUUCACACAUAUAAUAAACACAGCUCUAUAAAGAAUAACACACUCUAAAAAUAAAUGCUAGCCCGUCGUCCCGUAAAUAAAAAAUCUUAUCCUCCAAAAAUAAUGCUCUCUCUGCUUUUUAUAGUCUGUUCGACAGAAAAUUCCAGGCAAUGUGUUAGUGACUCGAACAUUCUACAACAAUUUACUACUAUUUUCUAUCAUAUUCGAGUCAAGAAAAACAGGCAAUAGAUUGGUUUGUGGUAAACAAGAUCAAAGGGAAUAAGCCACGCCCAAUACUAACGCAGCUUCUGCUAGAGUUCACAGCACGGGGGAAAUGUGAUGCAAACACGUUGAUUACAUAACCCACUGUAUCUUAUAGCUUACUGCUUUUAAAAAUCAAUUUUAAUGAGCAUGAAAGAGUGCAUUUUAAACUUAAAAUUUUAAAGUAAAUUUGAUGAAAGUAUUAACUGCAUUCUCAUUUUUGAAAAUUUUAAGACGAAAUCAUUUGUUUUGCAAGCUUUUUAAAAUUUUUUAUUAUUAUAAACCCGUUACCUUCGCCUCUUUAUCAACAUUGAAGUGUAUAAAAUUUCUGCCAAUUAAGUUAAGGGACCAUGUAUUCCUCUGUUUUAACCCAAAUCUUACUUGUUCAACUUGUAUUUUUAAAAAAAAAAACGCAAUAAUUAAAAAAAGCUCCAGGUGGCAUAAAAACAAAAUUACUGGGUACUUAUAGAGAAACUUAUAGAAAUUUUAUCCUGGUAUCUAUUUAAUCUAAAUAUAAUGUCAUUUAUUUCAUAGAGAGGCUGGUGGUUCCUUUGGCAAAAUGGAGGUAGCCAGGGAAGAACAGUACUUUCGUCAAUUGGUAAGAAGAAAUUGAAUUAUGGAUGAAAUUUUUAUUGUUCAAAACUGUUUAAUGUUAGUAAUUGUUCGUGAUAUAUGAAAGUUUUUAAAGUUUUCAAAUUAACAUUUUAGUAGCAGACCUGUUUACCCUCAAACUUACCCUCAAACUCUUAAAAUCGUACAAUAUCGUCAGGAAAUCGUACAAUACAGUAUCUUAUCUUAAUAGUAAAUAAACAUUCAGUAAAUAUAACAAAUAACUACUCGCAUCACGCGUCUAACUGGAUCGAGUUGAGCUUGCCUAAAACGUAAGGAACUGAAGAUAAAAGUAGAUGACACGUUUAUAUUGCUAUCUGCUGUAACUUAGUUUUGAAGGCGUGUAUCUGCUAUAGAUAUCAAUCUAUAGAUAUCAAUUAAUAUUUAGGUGAACGUGCAGAUCAAAUUAUCCCAGAAUGUUGCUGGUAAAAAUAAAGUUACUGGUGAAAUUUAACAUGGUUCAAACUCGACGUCAGAUCAAAUGCUGCAAAUGGGUGAAGGGAAAAGGGGACAUUGAAAAAUCACACAGCUGUUUUGCCCGUUCUAAUUAUAGUAAUUAUAGAUUUAAAUGGCCCUCUUGGAUCCUUUAAAAUAUGUCGAAAUCUAAUAUUGCUGCGCAGACCAGUUGAGAAUGCAUUCUCUAUUUGCAAGAAAUAAUUGUCAUUAAAUUACGUCAUACAGCAUCCAAGCAAACGAAAACGACGAGGGGACAUCUAUGUAGCAUGUACGCAAAAAAUCCAAUUUUCACCCUCCCCUCCCCUCCAACUACUUUUUACUAUCUGACAAUAGCUAGUGAGUUCAUUUGUGAAACUACAUGGCAACAUUAUGAUAAUAAUUCAUGCAAAACAUUUCAUACUUUUACAGCAUUCGAGAUAUAAAAGUUAUUUUUGGAAUUUCAGAGUUUCUGGAUGAAUAUUGUAGUUUAAAAAAAAAAUAAUGUACAUACUUUCUACACACCCCCCACCCAUUUUACAAAAAUGUGGCGAUAUUAAUUUGUAUAGAAUUAAAUAAUUAGAACACAACACCCCCCUCCAUGUUACACAAAAUCUCCUAAAUCAACACCACUCCAUUCCCCUCUCAAGGCAAACGUAAUAUAAUUAUAGACAGUGCCCAACCAAUCGUAUUUCUCAAUCUAUUCAAUGCUAGAUCUGGAAUGCAAAUGUAAGUUAAAGCUAACAACCGAAAAUGAACUUAAACAUUAUUAAUUUUUUAAAAAGAAAAAAACUAUCGGAAUGUGUAUAUUUUGAACCCGGUCUAUUAAAAUCGUAUUUCUGACGGGUCUCUGUGUAUAAUCGUACAAGACAUCUCAAAAUCGUACAUGGUACGCCAAAAUCGUAAGAGUAAACAGGUCUGUAAUAGCUUUAAAUGGAUGAAAAAAAUAAAAACUUUGGAGUUGUUAAAUUAUGGGCAUAGCAGUUAGAACUAUUAACAUUACAUAUACUGUUUGGAAUACAUUACAUAUACCUUAAUAAAUAGUAUUAAUGUAGCACUACUGCCCCUAGAUAGGAUCUUUUCAGAGAAAAGAUUUAAAAAAUGAAUUUGAUUGCUUAUCACACACUCAAAGUCAAAUUCUCUCUCUUUCACCAUUGCAAUCUCAUCUUCAACUGCAACUUAAACCAGUUAUUUUGUUUAUCACUCUUUCCUGAUACUUUUAUUUCUAUUUUUUUUUUUAAACUUACUCUUCAUUUUUAUUGCUUAUUGAUCAAUAAAUUAGUGGGUUUUUUUUGCAUUACAAAAGCAUUUCUGAAUGCUUUACUUUUAUGUCAUAUUGUACUUUAUUGUGAAAAGAAUAUCAGUAAUUUUAAAAAUUGAUUAGAUAUUAACAAUUUUCUACAAUAGAAUUUGUUAAUUGAUUUGUUUCGUUCAUUAUAUUUUAGCAAAAGGAGCAACUUGAAAAAAUGAAAGAUCUUUUGGAAGAUGAGGUUGCGCAUCAUGAACGCCAAAUCAGACAGCAUAUGGUAAGUUCAUACUUGUAUCAAUUGAUUUUUAAAAAAUUGCUUAUUAUAAUUUGAAUAGAUAGUUAUAUAUAAAAAUAUAAUUAUGUAAACAUUUUAUAAGUAUAAUAAAUUAUUAGUUAUGAUGCUCUGAACAUUAAAUUUGUUUCUACUGAUUCCCCUCCAAAUUAAAAAAAAAGAAGAGAGUAUAAUUUUUAGCAGUUGAUAAAAAUUUACAACUGAUUUUAAAUUUCAUCAUAAAUAAACAAAAAAAAUGCAACUUCCAGUUUAAAUCUUUACCAAUAUUUUUACAGGAAGCCAUUGAGCACCACAAGAAAAAGAUUGGUCGCCUAAAUAAGAACACUGUUGGCAGUGAUUCAGAUUAAAUGUAAUUUUCAUAUUUGACCCAGACUAAUUCUUGUUAGUUAAUGUUUUUGAAUAAAAGCAAGUACAGUAUGAGCUGUAAAAAAAUAUAUAUUUUUUUUAAAGGCUUAAUUGAUGUCAAUGGGGCAUUAAAAAAAAAAAAGUACCUGAAAAUUCUGUAAUUUAAAAAAAUAUUUAAGUUUGACUUUUUGGAUGCAUGUUUUUCUUAAUUUAUUUACAAGCAUAGAGAAAUGUUUGCUGUAUUGUUUGUGUUCAGAAGAAUGAUCAUGUGCUUUGACUUUUAAUUGUAAUCCUUAUUGAAUAAAAAUAAUUUGAAACAUUUUCACUUUUAUUUUAUUGGAUGAAUUAGAGUGCUAAUUGUGUUCAGAAAUUAUAGUUACAAAAUGUCAUUUAAAUUUUCAGGGUGAAGUUUUACAAAAGGAUUUUAAAAAAAAACUUAUUCCAUAACAUGAUACAUUUUCACAGAUAUAAAAUGCUCAGUCCAAAGUGAAUAGCUAACUGUUGUUUAUUUUUUUCUAUUAUGAAAGUAAAAGCAAAACAUUAAUAAUAUAUUUAAAUUGAGUUAUGUAUGUGACAUUGAUGAGGUUAAUGAUGUAAUGACACUGGACAAUGGUUGUUCCAAAAGUUGUUCCUUUAAGUUGAGUAUUGUUAUGCCAGAAUCAAGUACUUCAUCUAGGAAAAAAAAAUUGAAUUCAUUUAUAUCUUAUUAUUUUCUAUUAAUAAAUAUAAAAACAGAAUGUCAUUCAAAUGCUGAUAAUUCUUGUUUUUACUUGAUAUUUAAUAAUGAGAAAAUUUCUUAUUUAUAUUUAUUUUAUUUUUUUGGGGGGGAUUAAAAAAAAAAAGUUGGGGCUGUGAUUUGGGGGGAGGGGGGUGUCCCCCCCAACCCACCCCCGUUUCAUAACUGGUUUCAAUUACCUUUUUAUUCAAGGACAUGUAAAACAUCCCAAGACAAAUAACAAAAUCAUUGUAAAAAUAAAAUUAAUUACCUGUAUUAAUAACUGAAGGAGAAAUUGAAAUACUACAACUAGGCCUAUAACUAUAAAUUAAUAGACAUGCUUUAAGUAUUUUAAGACUAAGAAAAGAAAAAGUAACAGUGCCCUAUUACCCAUGGACUUAGUUACAUCAACAGUUUCAGGAAGUAAAGACUCGAUAGAUGAAUACACCAAGAAAAUUGAAAUUUCACAAUUUUUCUUGGUCUUAGAAGUUGAUGUCUGUUUGUCCGCAAGUGUCAAAUUAAUGGUGGUC